AUGUCCCCAUAUCCAACGGGUGCAAAACCCGUCCAAAACUGCGCGGCCAGGAUCAGCAGGUUCAUGGUCAGCCCGAUCCACGAUCCCACGACGCCGGGUUGGGACGUGAAGGCGACUUCGGACACGUUGUGGCCGUUGUAUUUCCACGCCGCGCGGAACCGGAUGUGGCACGCGCAGAUGGACGCCCAUGUCAUGACGGACGACAGGCCCGAGAUGGCCAGCAUCCAGUUGAACGCUUGUGUGCGCGUGUCGUCGCCCGCGGCGAUGAUGAGACACAGCAGUCCCACCGCCGACGCGAAGAUGAUGGCGAUCGGCGGCCGUCAAGCCCACUAG